UAUUCAAUACAGAAUCGUAUACGGCGGGGGAAACGUGAAAGUUCAAAACAGAGAAACGGCAAAACAGCUGGGCAAAAUGUAGUGCUGGAAAGCAAGUCAAAGGAAGCUGUGCUGGAAACCGAGUCAAAGGAAGCUGUGCUGGAAACCGAGUCGAAAGAAACUGUGCUGGAAAACAUACCACCUCUCCCACUUUCAUUUCGUGUGCGACAUUUUGAGUCAUUCUGGGAAAAUAAAAAUCAAAUUUUCAAUAAUCUGAACGUAAUGGCGCCCCGCAGAAGUGCUCGUAUUUUGGCGUCCCAUGCCGCCCCGCCCUUGACCCGACGCGCUGCGUUCCUCCGCGCAGUGGAGGCCAUAUCCGUUCACGGGCGCCUCAGGACCACCACCACUGCUAGCCAGCGCCGCAGGACCACCACCACUGCUAGCCAGCGCCGCAGGACCACCACCACUGCCAGCCAGCGCCGUGCAAUCCAGAUCGCUGCCAACCAGCCGCCCGCUGAGGACCCUCCCGUUGUCAACCGUGGCGGGAUCAAUAGUCGCGGUACCAAUCGCCGUGGGACCAACCGCCGCGGGACUAAUCGCCGCGGUACCAACAGUCUUCCUGUGCAGGACACCGCACAGAUCGUGACGCUCCUCCAGAAUCCCGACCCACAACGUGGCACCGGUAGCCAUGCCGUCAUGGGAGCUUUGGCCGCUAGCUUACAAGUUGCGAUGCUCCGAAUUAGGCGUACGCCGCCUCCGCAAGGAGAUGGCGAAAAUGACGAGCGAUCCGACGGACGGGUGCACGGUGGAGUUAGUGGACGACUGUAUCUACGACUGGAAGGCCGUUAUUCUCGGGCCCUUGGGCACGCCCUACGAGGGCGGCCACUUUAAACUACGCCUUUACUUUCCGCAGACGUACCCGGCUCGACCACCGUUUUUGAUGUUCCUUACAAAGGUCUACCAUUGCAACGUACACAACAGCGCUAUCUGCGUGGAUAUUCUGCGUUUUCCAAAUGCGAAUUAAAGGCACAGCAGAACACUCUA